ACUUCCUGGUCUCAGCGCCCUGGGCAACAGCAGCAGCAGCAGCUGAGCUGGGCAGAGGCUGUAUCGGACAUGGGGUCUCUGGGGCUUCUCUGUGGGCUCUUCCUGGCCCUCCUGGGCGCUUUUGUAUCGACGCAAUUUGUGCCCCCGUACACCGAAGAUUGCAGGAACGGCAUGUAUCCUCCAAACGGCCCGACGUUUAGAGGUAACGUCACUUGGUACACUGUAAAUCUGGAUUUACCACCGCGGCAAAGAUGGACCCAGGUGAUCAGCGACAAAAAAACUGAGCUGGGUGCGAUGAUCCAGGUGAUUAAGGACUUCGCUAAUGCCUUUGUUCCGAGUGGAAAACUCAUUGAACUCGUGGAUAAGGAUUUGCCUCUUAUACUGGAUACACUCCCCUCCCCUUUCAAUGAGGAGAUGAAGGGGAUCGCAGAUGCCUCAGGUCUUCCCUUAGGAGAGGUCAUACUUUUCAAUGUUUUCUAUGAGGUGUUUACCGCGUGUACAUCACUAAUAGCAGAAGACACCUCAGGCAAUUUGUAUCAUGGAAGGAAUUUAGAUUUUGGAUUAUUUCUUGGAUGGGACAUGAAGAAUAAGUCCUGGGCAGUAACUGAAAGACUAAGGCCACUCGUGGUGAAUCUGGACUUCCAGAGGAACAAGAAAACCAUUUUCAAAUCAACCAAUUUUGCUGGAUACGUUGGCAUGCUCACAGGAAUCAAACCAGUAAGGAUCCCUUUCUAUGAUGAUGCCAAGAACCAGCUGUCAAAAACCAAAAUGCUAGCUCCGGCCUACUUCAUCCUCGGAGGGAACAAGUCUGGACAAGGCUGCGUUAUAACGAGAUCAAGACGGGCUAGUUUGGACAUUUGGGAGAUUGACCUUGAAAGGGGCAGGUGGUACGUGUUGGAGACAAACUACGAUCACUGGAAAGAGCCGCUCUUUCUGGACGACCGCAGGACUCCAGCCAUGAAGUGUAUGAAUCAGACGACACAAGCUAAAAUUGCACCAGCAACCAUUUACAAUGUCCUGUCAACAAAACCAGUCCUCAACAAGCUGACUACAUACACCACUCUUAUGGAUGUUUCCAAAGGCAAGCUGGAGUCUUAUAUCCGCGAAUGCCCAGAUCCCUGUAUGCCCUGGUAAAAUCCAGCAUGAUUCUCUCUCACUGAAGACCUGCUACUUCAGUGAGAGAGCAUGAUUCUCACUCACUGAAGACCUGCUACUAAUCUUUUGAAGAUGCACAAACAAGACCUACAUCACUCUGUAGAGCUUAAUAUUGUAAUGAUCAUUGCUAAUCUUAACUUUGGAAUGUUAUUAAAAAGAAAAAUACAGCAUAUCUGUCAUUUCAGAAACUUUAAGACUUUUAGUGGGAAGUUAGUCUGCUUUUUAAAAAUGUGAUCUGUAUAUUUUACAGUGUAGUAUUUAAAUCCAUUAAAAAUAAUUUCUCAUUAACACCCAGCAACUUAUCUGUAAUAUCACUGCAAAUUGCGUUCUAAUAUUCAUCUGUAAAAGAGAGCCAUUUCUUGUUUAAUGACUUACUGUGGGAUGGGAAAUGAUAAGAGUAUAUUUUCAGAGUGCUCAUUUGAAUUAAAUUUGAGAACUUAAUUGAAUUAAACAGUUUUUUAACCAUCA